AUGGCACAUAAUCACAGACGCCAUGAAGCGGGGACGCUUAUUACUGCUAUUUCGAGAUCGCCGGUCGCGCUCUCCAGCGGGUUAUUGCUGUCGCUGCUGCUCCUUCUCGGCCAAUCCGUUCCUGCCACGUGUCAGCAAUGUAGAGUCGACCAAGGAAGCUGGGUGUACGACAGGGUGUACGAGCCUGCUUAUAACGGGUACACGUGCAAGAGCAUCCGAUCGUAUUACAACUGUCAGCGCAACGGGCGAAACGACACUGGGUACCUGAAAUACGUGUGGAGGAGCCCUGGCUGCGAUAUAAGAAGAUUCAACCCCGUUAGAACGCUCUCUAUUCUGCGCAAUAAGGUGUUCAUGUUUGUUGGCGACUCAUUCGUCAACAACCUCGAGAUCUCCAUGCGCUGCCUGCUUGAGACAAAAUCGGUUACGAAGGACUUCAGGGGAAAAUUUGGCCGCACGGGGGUUCGAACCCGUGGCUUCAUCAUUCCCCAGUUCAACAUCUCCUUCCUCCGCAUGCCCUCCAACUUCCUAGUCCGAUCCAGCCCUGUGGGCGUGGCGUCCAGUGCAGCCGCGUGGAGGGUGCAUCUGGACAGGCCGGACCCGAGCUGGUUCAAUCUGCUGCCCCACACCCACUACGUUAUCUUCAGCGCUGGUCACUGGUUUAUCAAUGCACCUUCAAAUCUCCGCGUCUACUACCGGAAAAACCAGCAACUCCCCCCGUUCCCACGCCCCUACGCUCCCCUCUACGACGCGCACUUAACCAUCCGAAAGUUCUUAGUUAACAGCCGGUAUUCCGGACUCCCCAUGGUGAUGACCUUCUCGGCUUAUCACUAUAACAAUGCGUUCUCUAGCGGGGAUGCAGCCAAGAGCUGCAUGGACAUGCGGGGGCAGGUGAUGAACGGCACGAGGAUGCUGUGGGCAGAGAGGAACACAGAGACACUGCAAUCUCGGGACGCACAAGUGAAGGCAUUCAGCUCCUAUCCCCAGUUCAAGAUAGUGGACAUCGCAAGGUCCUCCGUUGCCCGCCUAGACGCCCAUCAGGGCCAGUUACUCUAUUUUUCCCCCUCCCCCUUCUCUCCUGCUACUCUCACUUUUCUUUCCCCUUACUUUCCCCAACUCGACCCUUACUCUUCCCCUCCCUUACCCUUGCUCUACUCCCCUAUUGAUACUCUCGCCAGGCAUUCAGUUCCUAUCCCCAGUUCAAGAUAG